CACCCACGUUGCUUCCGACCUGAGGCUGAGAUACAUGCCCAAAAAUGAAAAGCAAAGUCAAACUUGAUAGUCGCUUCUCUUCUGUACUUACGGAUGACAAAUUCUACGAGAAGUAUACCAUGGACCCAAGGGGUAGGAAAGGGAACUACUCCACAAAGGAGGACCUUCUCAGAUUUUAUCGCAUGUCAUCGGAUGAGGAGAGUAGUGACGAAGAGAAGGCGUCCUCCACAGAUGAAGAAGAAAGUAUGGAGGAGGGAGAGAAGGUGGACGCUGAAAGCCAAGGAAAGCAGAAAAAGAAUAAUAAGAAGGAUUCAAAAAAGAAUAUCCAAAGGGAAAAAGACGAUUUGAAGGAAAAGGAGGUCAGAAGAGAUAAAAGGGAAUCCAUAGACGAGGAAGAAGGUCAGAAAAGAAUUUCCUUGUUCCACAAGGGCUUUGUCAAUCAUUAA